AUGCCGUCCGUUUUCAAGAACCUUCGCAAGACCUUCACAAAGUCUUCCGAGGGCAGAUCAUCGAAACGUAAGAGUUCAAGCUCGACCGCCGCUCUCGGCGCAGGGAAAGAUACGAACAACAUCAACGACGAUGCCGCGCUCGCUUCACCUCAGACAACCGACACAUCCAGCAUCGCGAAGGGCUCCGCAUCCACCAACUCGAGCCAAUCAAUACCCCAUGGAAGUGCCUUGAACACUCAGCAGAGCUUCGACAGUGUUUCGUCAGCCGGUCGCAGCGCCACAAGUGGAAACAGAAGAAGCAUGUUCCCGCUCGACAUCGCCAAGCAAGCUGUAGACCAAAUCGUGUCCAGAGCCACCAUUUCGGUCGAUUCAGUCAACGUCCGUGACUUGACCUCGGACGGCUUCCACGUCAGCCUGCACAUCCACGUCGCCAAGACCGGCCCAGCAAAAGCCAAAAUCACCUUUCCGGAUGGCCUAGAUCUCUACCUUCAUCCAACGGACACGGUAAAGACUGCAAACAUACGCCUAUCUCCCAUUAAGAUCCGCACCGCCAACAGACAAAGUGGUCUCACAGUCGACGGUCUGCUCACUGCACGCCCUAGACACACGGCGUCUCGGGGCCUCGACGACCUCUUCCAUACUCUGCUAGCUUCCACCGGUGAUGUCGUCCUGAGGGCGGCCUCUGAAAACACCGAAGUCAAGGCGUAUGGCAUGUCGUUCAAGCGCAUCGCACUCGAAAAACAGAUCGUUAUACAGGGCCUGAACAAUCUCGGCGGCGUCCUCUCUUUUGAUCCUCCACCGUCAGCUCCAUCGUCAUCGGUUGCUGCUCAACGUAGCAGCAUCCAAGACUUUCAGAUUCUUGGAGGGGAUCCCACGGCUGGCAUCUCGUUCCAAGCCAACGUCGAGCUCAACAACCCAGCAGAGAUCACGGCCCAGAUUGGUGACGUUCGCCUCAAUCUGCAGACCGACAUCGAUGAGCUUAGAGCUGAUGGCAAGGACCAGAACGCCAUGAUCGGACACGUGAUUCUGCCAGACCUAUUGCUCAAGCCAGGAUCGUCAAGUGUCGUCAUUCGCGGCAACGUACUCGUAGCGCCUCAGGACGACUCAGCGCGCACCGCUGGCAUCACUCUGAUCCGCUUCCUCCUCGAAAAUCGCUCCAUCUCGGUCAAUGUAGUUGGCUCUGAUACUUCUUCCGACAUACCGUGGGUCGCUGCACUCUUCAAAAACGUCCGCAUCUCCGCUCUGCUCCCUGCCCUCGGCAUCAGUUCCAAAUUGCUUGACGGCGCAUCGCUCGUGCCUGCCGAAGAGAUGGGUCCAGCACCACAGUCUCAGCUUUGUGCGCGCGCCACACUUCGCAACCAGCUCGGCCCGCCGCUGCACAUCCACUCGCUCAAGGUGCGAGCGUUCCAGGACGUCCCCGAGCCGACUUCCAAGAUACCAUCCGCUGCUGCUUCUGACAUCGAGCCCAUCCACCUCGGCGACAUCAGUACUCCUCCCGAUUGGCCUGUGCUAACGCUCUCGUCGGACAAUCCUGUCCAUGCCAGUCUCCCUUUCAGCUUAUCGGGAGGCGGGGCCUCAUACGUACGCAUCUUGCAGACGGAAGCGAAGCGCAAAGGUAUCCAGCUGAACCGACAAUUGGUCGCAGCAUUGCGGCUCAUGCCCACAAGUGAUGGUCAGCAGAUGGCGGCAUCCGAGGCGCUUCAGUCGCCAAGCAGAGGCAAAGAGGAGCAGAACGAGGCGCUCGAUCUGCCCAAUGUCGUUGCCAGCGCCCUUUCUUCGCUCAAGGUCUCAGCACACGUCUCUGCCAAUGUGUCCAUCGGGGACUUUCGCAUACCUGGCGAGAUCGAGUUUGUCCAGAAUCAGCUGCCCAUCGCGAUCACCGUAAAGACAGCCAGAACCAUCCUCCCCACCGUCGGCGCCCCGCUCGUCGAUGCGCUGAUCGAUCAGGCUAGAGUGUCCAUUACCAGGCUCAAGAUCUUGGACAUGGACGAGAAAGGGCUCAACAUCGAGGCAGACAUCGGCUUGGUCGACUUUGGGCCGCUGGACGUUGAGAUCCACUUUGACCAGGGACUCGACAUCGUUCCCAGAACUGAUGUGCAUUCCGAAGAAACGGUAGAUUCCAUCGCUCGCAUCGUCUUUGCGGAACCCGUGCGAGGAGUUGCCGGCAGCGAAGAGCUGCUGAAAACGCGACUGCGCAUCCUUCCCACCGUCGGGCCAAAGAGUGUUGCAAAAUUCGCCACCUUUGUCUCUCAGCUCGUCCAAGCCGACGAACUCCCCAUCCGCAUCUCAUCCGACGCCUGCCGCGUCGUAGCUGGAGGCGCAGAGUUCCCUGCUGUGUUGACCAAGGCUGUCAGCUUGCCAGGAUUAGGAGGUCUCACCGGCAUGACUUUGAACGGACUUGACAUUUAUGACGAGGUAGCAGCCCCAGCAGGUCCUGGACGAGGAAGAGCUUUGAGCUCCUCAUCUUCUUCGAGCGGCGGUUCCAGCUACCUGGUCGGCAAAGAGAAGGCGUUCAGGAUGCGAACCAGGGUCCGCAUCCCUCACAAGGGUCUGCUCGCGGUGGCCCUCGCCAAGAUCGAAGCAGGUGUCGUAUUUGAAGGCGUUCAGAUCGGAAUCAUCUCUGCUGAAGAUAUCGUCUUUUCCCUCAAUGCGGCCGACGUCGAAUUCGAAGCCAACGGGUACAUCUUCGUAGGCAGCGAAUCAAUCAAGGAGAAGCAGCCUGUGGCAGAAUACCGAAUCGCUGCUCUCCAGACUUUCGGCAAACUUGCCACCGCGCUCUUGUCGGGAACACCUGCCGAGCUCACCGUCACCGGGUACCGGGCAUUUGCAAUGGGCGAAGUGCAGCUCGGCUCCCUCAGUCGAAACCAGAUGCCUUCCCAGCUUCUUAGCAGGCCGUCUGCAAGUUCGAUGCGCAGGGCGUCCUCGACUUCGACACAAAAGCAGGAGACGAAGCUUCCGCGAGCCGGGUCCCUCAAAACAUCAAGCAGCGCUACCUUUACGCAGAGACAAGUGCCGUGGUUAGAUCAGGCUUUCCAGCAAGUCUCGAUCAAGACAGUCCUUCAACAAAGCGUGCAUCCGGUCAUCAAAGAUAUGCAGAUCGAGAAGAUCUUUGCCAGCUUUCGUCGACAAGAAGCGAUGCAAGCCGAGAUCGACAAGCUUGCGUUCCACAUUGAAGUGCCACUGAGUGUCCGCUUCGAAGUUAUAUCCAUUCAGGCCGAUAUCGAGGUGCACUACGAUGGCUACGGAUGUGUCGGAACGGGCAAAAUCGAUGCCAACGUACAAUCGUGCACGCCAAUGGAAGCAAGCAACGGUGACGGCGGGGAUGACGCAGUCGGUCGGUCGAGUUGCCUUGUUCGGCUUGCGCCCGGAUCUUUCAAGCUCGUUACUCCACCUACCGAGGGACUGGCCCAGCUCGUUGCACAUAUCGCUGACAGCGAGCAGACCAACAAGAUCAGCAUCCGCGGCAAGGCUCGAGCUCGCGUCGAGGUUGCUCUGGGUGAGAUCUUCGUGGAUGUCGAUCUUGGGAAGCAACCGCACGUUUUACACAUGGACGGUGUGCGUGGAUUGCGAUCCAGUCCGGUCCAGUACACCAAUCUGCAGGUCGUCGAGGCGUCCAGCGAUUUCCUCAAGAUUGUCUUCUCGCUCUACCUCAACAAUCCCAGCAAGACCUUGCAGGUGGCUCUUCCAGACACGGACCUCACCAUGGCUGCCUUUUACAAGGGGUCGUACGUUGGAAGAGCUCACAUCCCCAAAGGCUUCAAGUUGGAGUCUGGGCCGGUGGCGGUGCACGACAUCCACUUUCGAUACUGCCCGCCGCCCGAGGUGGAAAAGGAGGUACGCGACAUCCCUGCCAACCUCUUGUCAGGUCGCACAACCACGCUCGAGAUUCGGGGAGACGACGAGUCGAGCGAGAUUCCCAUGCUCAUCCCAGCUCUCAAGAACAUCCACCUUUCAUUUGAUCUCAAGCCGAUGAUGGAUCGUACGCUGAUUGAUAGCAUCUCCAUCACUCUGGGCGUCUCUGCAUUGACUUCCGCCUCGGUCGACGCCGAAUUUGUGGUCAACAAUCCGUUAGGCGUGCCCUUUGACCUGGUCGCCAUGUCUUUCAUGGCCUCGUACCAGGGCCAACCCUUUGGCAGCUGCACGAUCACGUACGCGUCUGAGCACCCGCUGCGUGUGCCUGCGGGCAGCGUCAAGCAGCCGGGUCAGCAGCGCAGCUCUCCCGUUACCGUUACCCUUGCACAACCACUCGAGAGCAUGGUCGGUGCCUUCCUCAAGAGCAAGGGUCAAAUCAUGCUCGACUUGGAAGUGGCCGCCAGAGUCGAGAUCCAAGGCUUCAAGAUCCCCAACUUCAACUACAGGCAGCCGUCGCUUCCUCUCAGCAUCAAGGGCCUCGACGGCAUCUCUAAAUGGAUGAAGUUCCUCCCCUGA